AUGGAGAUUGCCCAGAAAAUGCAGAGAUGUCAUGAGUAUGUUGAAGCACUCAAAGAAGAACAAAAGAAAAUUCAAGUUUUUCAACGAGAGCUUCCCUUAUGCUUAGAACUCGUUACACAAGCGAUCGAAGCUUGUAAAAAGGAGUUAUCCGGUACAUCAACGACGUCAGAGCAGUGUUCAGAGCAGACAGCAAGCGUGUGUGGUGGUCCUGUCUUUGAAGAGUUUAUACCUAUCAAGAAAAGAAACAACGAAGACGAAGAAGAGGGAGAACAUGAAUCUUCUCAUGAGAUUGAGAAGAGUGACGUGGACAGUAAGAAAUCUGACUGGCUUAGAUCUGUUCAUCUAUGGAACCAUUCUCCGGAUCCAGACACAACAGAUGUGUCUACUCCGGAACGUGUCGUAGUAGUAGCUAAGAAGGCGAGAGUUGUUGAGGUGAAACCGAGCAACAACCGUGGUGGUUUUCAGCCGUUUCAGAAGGAGAGAAAACGUUUCUUGUCGGAGACUGAACUUCAGCCGGCGGUGAAAGCAAUCACGCCGGAGCCGGCGGCAGCUCCGGCGACGACGACUUGUUCAACGACGGAAACAGGAGAGAAAGAGACGCAGAAGCAACAAACGCAGUCGCAAACGCAUAGAAAACAAAGGAGAUGCUGGUCGCCGGAGUUACACCGGCGGUUUCUUCACGCACUUCAGGAACUAGGAGGAUCGCAUGCUGCAACACCGAAACAGAUUAGAGAUCAUAUGAAAGUUGAUGGAUUAACAAACGACGAAGUUAAAAGCCAUUUACAGAAAUAUAGACUUCACACAAGAAGGCCAGCCACGUCGGUGACGUCCCAGGGUAACGGAAACUCGCAACAACCGCAGUUUAUGGUGGUUGGAGGGUUAUGGGUGCCGUCGUCACAAGAUUUUUCUCCACCGUCAGAUGUAGCCAAUAAAGGUGAUGGUGUAUGCGCUCCGGUCACGGCACUAACACGGCAAUCUCCUAAGCGUUCUGUGGAGAGAAGUAGUGGCAGGUGUAACUCACCGGCGGCAUCUUCUUCUACGAAUACAACUACAACUUCUGCUUCGCCUGUGUCAUAGUAGUCAUCAAUCUAGUGGGUUUGAUUUUGUAGGUUUAAUGCAGGUGAGUGUAAUAAGAUUUGUAACCAAAGAAUGUCCCUUCAUAAGCAUAUAUAUAAGUAAAAGAGUCUUUGUUUUCUAUCAUUGGAUAUAUUGUCUUGUUACUUUUAGAUAACUUCUAUUUAGUGUUUGAUUUUCUUAUCCGUUAGUACAAAUUCACUUCCAUUAGAUGAAUCCCAUUAAGGUUAUAGAGUAAGAAUCUGAGAAGAAAAAUGACUACUUUCUACAAGGAUUUUUGCUUGUAUGGUAUAAACAUAAUUAACAUUCGUCUGAUGUCCAUUUAUAUGAUAAAAAGCAACAUCCAUUAUGUCACCUUUGUAAAUAGGUUUUCCAAAAAUAGUGACUUUCCAA